AUGAAAUUUCAGGAGUUAAUUGAUUGCUGCAUCGAUUGCAUUAAAGCUUUCAAUCCAGUCUACAAGACUAUUGAUACUCAUGCAGAUGACUACCUUAAGGAAUUUAAAGAUCCAUAUGAAAAAGUGUUUAUCAAGCAAGUAUUUUAUGGAUGUAUCAGAUAUCAAGAAUUCUUAAAGGUUUUCAUUAACAUCUUCUUUAAAAAGAACUCAGGAUCAACAAACAGAAACGAUGCAACUCUGUUUAUGAUAUUCGGAUAUCUGACAUUUUUCAGGCUUGAAGAGUUAGCUAUAGAGGAUUAUAGAAAAUUAGUUCUAUCAUAAGACUCUGUAAAAAUGAAUGUCUUUCUCUAAUUUGCUUUUAAUACUGAAAAUCUUAGAAAUCAUGUGAGAGAUGAAUGGAUGUCCUUAUAUGAUUUUUCGUACAUUGACGAUAAAAUCAUUGGAGGAAUUGAAAAAAAUUUGCCUAAUGUAAGUGAAAUACUUAGAAAAGUUGAGAAAAGAGCAACUGGUAAGACAGUUUCAACUCUUAGUAUGAGUGAAGACCAAACCAAGUUCUCAGAGACGGGAGGACUUUCAUAAAUGUCUCGAGGAGAUGAUAAUGAUAAUAGAGCUAAAAAGAUAACUGAAUAAAAGCCAUUUAAUCUUACCAAACCAAAACCAAAGGUAAUUCCAUAGCCUGAGGCAUUACCUAGAGAAAUUAAAUCUAAUCCAGUUCCCAAGAAUCUCUUCAAGAAAACUUUAGCAGACAUUGAAAAAGAAAAAGAAGACAGGAGAAAGCAAAAGGUAGAUGCUGUUAGAUAGUAAUACGAAGGGCCGGAUGCUAAAAAGAAGCGUUUUGAAUUGAAGUCCGAAGCAAGACCAAAUAAAUUUGAAUAAGUGAAGAAACAAGUUCUUGAGGAAAGAGAUAAGGAAUUAUAAUUCAAUGCUCAUCGUGCAAGAGAAAUGCCAGACUUCAACAAAAAAGAAGCAGCAGUUAAACUUACAUCAGCAGCUGUGCUUAGAGAAGGUUUUGCAUUGAAGAAAAAAGAAGAAGAAGAUAUUAAAAUUAUGAAAGACUUUGAAAUGAAUCUGAGAGAUGAAAAGGAAUAUGAAAGAUGGAAGAGGGAAAUGGCUGAAAAGGAGGAAAUAGAAAGAAUUGAGCAUUUCUAAAAGAAAAAGAUUGAAAUGGAGCUAGCAAGAGAAGAAGCCAUUGAGGCUUAAAAGAGAAAAGAAAAGGAGAAUUAACUGCUUGUCAUGAAAAUGAAAGAAGAAAUGGAAAUAAAGUUCAUUGAGAGAGACGAUUAAAAGAGGGAAGAAAUGGGAAAGAAAAAAGAAGUUAUAGAAUAAGUUCAGUCAUAGAAGGACAAUGCUAUAAAAGAGCAAGAAAGAGUCAAGGAAGACAACAGAAAGAUUCGUGAUGAAGUUAAUCGUGAGCUAACAGAAGCAUUAUAAAGAAAGAAGGAUGAAGAAGCAGUUGAAAUGCGUAAAAAAGAGGAGCUUAUCAGGCAAAUAAGGGAAUUAGAAAGAAUACCAAUAGUUAGAACUAAAGGUUUUGAUCCAACUGAGACAAGUGGAGUUGGUCUAUUGGAGGAGAUGUCAAUUGCUGAACUAAGAGAAAGGUUAGAGUUUAAUAAAAUGAAAGAUGAAUAAGAGACCAACUAGAGAAGAGAAGAAAAUUUGAAAUUUAAAGAGGAUCAAGCUAAGAAGCUGAUGGAUGAGGCCAAUAAAAUAUACGAAGCACGUGAAAACCGAAAAAAUAACAAUCAAAAUAAAAAAGAAGAGAAAUAAAAGUAAAAGGACAAUUAUGAUGCUAAAAUGAAGGCUGCUAGAGAAAAGGGUUUAUAGGAAGUAUAUGAUAAAAUUUCUCAAAAGAAAAAGGAAAAGAAAUAAGAGGAAGAUAGACUUGCUAAGGAACUUAAGGAAAUUAAACUACAAAGACAAUAUUUGAAUGCAAAUAGAGCUAUGGUUGAAGAAAAAGCCUGGAAAGAAUUAGAAGCUGGUGCUGAGCGUAAAGUGAGAAACGGACAAAACUAAAAACUAAUUGACUAAUGCAAUUUAAACGAGAUCAAAGUAAAAGAUGAGACUAUCAGAGCAACAAAUGCUAAAAACACUGUCUUAUCAAAACUUGAUGUUGAUAGGCAAUUCUAGGACAAACUAUAAUCCCAAAAGAAGGAGAAUGAAAUCGUUCAUAAAGGCAUUCUUGAAUAUAAAUCUGAGAAGCAUGAAAACUAAAGGGAAUUCGAAACUCAACUUAAGGUAAAUAACCAAAAGAGAAAUCCAUUCAAUGCUAAAAUAAAUCAACAAAGUCUGGCAAACGCAACUAAAGUCAGAGAAAAGAAGUUAAGAAAUCAAUUUUACGGUGGUGAUACCAAUCAACAAGAUGAUAAUAUGUUUGCUUAUGACUACGAAGAUAUGGGAGGUGGAAUGGAUAUGCUAGAUGAUGCAGGGGCUGGAGCAGACAUCGAAUCUAAACUAAUGGGUGAACAUUGA